UAAAAGUAAAUUAUCGCAAAAUACAUAAUGGCCUCGGCAUCUGCUAAUGUGAAUUGCUCGCAGCACGAAGAUGCGACAUCGGUUGACGCCUUGGCCAAACCAGCUGCAAGUGAAUUGGCUUUGCCGGUAACGGAGACAGCCGCUGAGGAAAAAACUAUCACAAUGGAGAUGGAGAAGGAGAAGGUCGAGGAGGAGAAAUUGACUUCUUUCGAAGAAGCUAUGGAAUUAGAUGAUGUACCUUCUGAUCCGCCGAUAGUGUCAGACUCUGAGAAGAACAUUGACCCAUCCACCUGUGAAAGUAAAAUAGAUGAAAAUAAAGAAUCCAAAGCGAACAACCUCUUUGCCGCAGAUGCGGAUGCUCCCGAGUUAGAAAAAAGUAUCAGCGAAUUAACAGCAAUGGAAAAUUCCAAAAAAGAUACAGACUGCUCAUUAGAAAAACUUAAUUCAGAUAAGCCAAUCGAAACUGAUUUGGACAGCAGCAUUGAACUAAUCAGUAGUCCCAUUAUCGAUGAAACUGGUCCUCCUGACAAGGAAAAGGAGGUGACUGAAACUACAAGUACAACAGAUAACACUGGUUCACUCAAACCAAACGAAAUCGAUUUGGAUCGCAGCAUUGAGCUGAUUGAGAGUCCCGCUAUGGAAGAGUUGCGCUAUAAGGAGAGUUCGAAGGAUACUGCAGUGGAUAGUGACAGCAGCAUUGAGUUGAUUAGUAGUCCUGACAAAGAUAUAGACGAUGCCAACAAAAACGUGUCCAAUGAAGAAGCACAAUCUAAUUUGGAAGAUGAGGAACAAUCAAAAAGCAUACCCCAUGACAAUGACGUAGAUGACGCGAAAAAGCAAAUUCAAAACGAAGACAUCACAGAAGCUAAAUCAAUUGAUAUGGAAGAAGCGAAGACCACAAGUCCGUCGGAUGAAGCCACUCCUUCAAAAGCCAUAAUUGAAGAAUUUUCCCACACUUCCCCCAAAUCCGCAGAAGACAUUCACACAGAAGAACAAGAGAUGCCAGAUAAUGCAGCAAAGUCUGUGGCCAAUGAAGAACCACAAAAUUCGGAGUCUAUGGAAGUAGAUGAGCUGCCCAAGACUAACGAAAACAGUUGUCUGGUCGAGCUAAACACCGACGGUGACACGAAAGAAAACCUCGAAUAUGAAAUGGAUACUGAAAUCUAUUACAAGAAGGACUGCCUCAAUUGCAACUGCCAGAAGAUGCAUAAGCAGUACAUGCUGGCGACCCUGGCAGCGCUCAACUACUAUAAGGUGCCUAGAAAGGCACACAAGCGACAAUACAUCUGCGUGGGCUGCUAUGACACAGCAAUGGAUAUGUACGAGGACUUUGCUGGUUUCCUAGUGGCCAAGCAGCCUCUGCUAUUGCGGAACUUCAAGCAGGAACACGCAGACUUUGUGGCCCUGGACAGCAGUGACGAGGAGGAAAACUGUAUAGAGCAGGAAAAAUCGGAAUUUUCGUCAAAUGAUUUGCAACUGAUUGAAGAUGAACUGGAGGAUGCCAUCAAAACUGUUAUGGGCAGAGUGGAGAUAGAGGACCAGAUGGCUUGGUCCAAGACUAUAUUACAAUCAAAAACACAGCGCAUAGGGCACGAAAUCGAGUUGGCUAACCAAGAGCUGAGCAAGCUACAGAAUAUGGCUGACAAAAUGCAUUUCGCCCUGUACAGCUCUUGCCAAGUGGUGCACAAGCACAUGCCUGCACUUGACCUCUACCAAAAUAUGCUCGAUUAUGUGCAAGUGCCACCAGCGGGAGAGAUCGAGCGACCCCCGAUUCAAUUGAACGAGACCUACUACGCUGUGAAGAACAAAGCCAUUGCCAGCUGGGUGUCGGUCAAGGUGAUCGAGUUUACAGAGAGUUCAACAGUGGGCGGCAUUAUGGUAAAGAGCUAUAAGAUUAAGUAUCUUAAUACGCCAUAUCAAAUGGUUAAAACGAUAACAGCCAAGCAUCUAGCCUACUUCGAGCCGCCGCCAGUUCGCUUGACUAUUGGCACUCGCGUCAUAGCCUACUUUAAUGGCAGCACGUUAUCGCGCGGCAAGGAGAAAUGCGUCGUACCCAGCGCAUUCUAUCCGGGGAUUAUAGCCGAGCCACUGAAACAGGCCAAUCGCUUUAGGUAUUUAAUCUUCUAUGAUGAUGGCUACACACAGUAUGUGCAGCACAGCGAUGUGCGUUUGGUUUGUCUGGCAUCGGAGAAAGUAUGGGAGGAUGUGCAUCCCGGCUCGCGAGACUUUAUACAAAAGUAUGUGGAAAAAUACUCAGUGGAUCGACCAAUGGUGCAAUGCACACGUGGCCAAAACAUGAACACCGAAUCCAACGGCACAUGGCUAUAUGCACGCGUAAUUGACAUUGACUGCAGCCUGGUGCAGAUGCAAUUCGAUGAUGACAAGAAUCACACCGAAUGGAUCUAUCGUGGCUCCCUGCGCUUGGGGCCAGUAUUCAAGGAGACGCAAAAUGCGCUCAACAGCGCCAAUGCCAUGCAACAGCAUCGUGUUCCGCGCCGCACCGAACCCUUCAUACGCUACACUAAGGAGAUGGAGACGAGCAGCAGACAGGUGAACCAGCAAAUGCGUGCAAUUGCGCGCAAGAGCAGCUCCGUGCCACAGAACGUUAACACGUCAUCGUCAUCCUCUGCUGCUGCGGCAGCUGCCAAUGCUGCUGCUGCUGCAGCAGCGCGCAACACAGUUCGUCAUUUGAACAACUCAACCAUCUACGUAGACGAUGAGAACCGGCCCAAGGGUCAUGUUGUCUACUUUACGGCCAAGCGCAAUCUGCCACCCAAAAUGUACUCGCCCCACGAAUGCAGUCCAGCCUGUUUGUUUAAGAUUGUGCAUCGCCUGGAUAGCUACAGUCCGUUGGCUAAACCGCUGCUUUCUGGUUGGGAACGCUUGGUGUUCAAGCAGAAGGCAAAGCGUAAUGUCGUUUAUCGUGGACCUUGUGGCAAGAGUUUUCGUAAUCUGGCCGAAGUGCACAUGUAUCUGCGUGCCACGGACAAUGUUUUAAAUGUUGAAAACUUUGAUUUUACGCCGGACUUGCGCUGCCUGGCAGAGUACUCUAUUGAUCCAACUAUUGUUAAGGAGGCGGACAUAUCGAAGGGUCAAGAGAAAAUGGCCAUACCACUGGUAAACUACUAUGACAACACAUUGCCGCCGCCCUGCACCUAUGCCAAACAGCGCAUACCCACAGAGGGAGUGCAUUUGAAUCUCGACGAGGAAUUUCUGGUGGGCUGUGACUGCGAGGAUGAUUGCUCGGACAAAUCAAAAUGCGCCUGUUGGCAGCUAACUGUUGGCGGUGUCAGGUACUGCAUUCCCAACAAGCCCAUUGAGGAGAUCGGCUAUCAAUACAAGCGUCUUCACGAGCAUGUUCCCACCGGCAUCUACGAAUGCAACUCCCGAUGCAAGUGCAAAAAGAACUGCCUAAAUCGAGUAGUUCAGCAUUCGCUGGAAAUGAAGCUACAGGUCUUCAAGACGUCGAAUCGGGGCUGGGGUCUGCGAUGCGUCAACGAUAUACCAAAGGGUGCAUUCAUUUGCAUCUAUGCGGGUCACUUGCUCACCGAAACAAUGGCCAACGAGGGCGGAUUGGAUGCGGGCGAUGAGUACUUUGCCGACUUGGAUUACAUUGAAGUGGCCGAGCAACUUAAGGAGGGCUAUGAAUCGGAUGUUGAACACUCGCCAGCGGAGGAGGAAGAAGACACCUACGCCCCAGAUCCGGAGGACGAUGCUGAUUUCACACCCACCAAGUAUUAUCAGCCGCGCAAAAAGGAUAAGCUGCGUGCAUCGCGAAGCCACUCGAACAAUUCAAAUGAACCGGAUUCGCAGGAGCGGGCAGUUAUAAACUUCAAUCCCAAUGCCGAUCUGGAUGAAACAGUGCGCGAGAAUUCAGUGCGUCGGCUCUUUGGCAGAGACGAGGCGCCCUACAUUAUGGACGCAAAGACAACUGGCAACUUGGGUCGUUACUUUAAUCAUUCUUGUGCACCCAAUUUGUUCGUGCAGAACGUGUUUGUGGACACACAUGAUCUUCGAUUUCCCUGGGUCGCGUUCUUCUCGGCAAACCAUAUACGGUCCGGGACAGAGCUGACAUGGAACUAUAACUACGAGGUGGGCGUGGUGCCCGGCAAAGUUCUCUAUUGUCAAUGUGGAGCCACCAAUUGUCGAAUACGUUUACUUUAAGCGAUUUACUCACGUAUUUAUUUCUUUAUCUAGCUGCAACAGGUAGUUAACAAGCUAAGCAUAUACAAAUAAAAACUGAACUUUAUU